AGCUCGGGGCUGGGCGGGGCGGGUACCGAUGGAGCGGCCCUGCCAGCGCGCGCGCCCGGCGCUCCGGGACACAGGCCGAGAUGCAGCUGCUCCUUCUCGUGGCCCUGCUGCUGGCCCCGGCGCCCGGGGCCUCGGCUCCCAAGGUGAGGCGGCAGAGUGACACCUGGGGCCCCUGGGGUGACUGGAGCCCCUGCAGCCGGACCUGCGGAGGGGGCAUCAGCUUCAGGGAGCGCUUCUGCUACUCGCAGAGGAGAGAUGGGGGCUCCAGCUGCGUGGGCCCCACUCGCAGACACCGCUUGUGCCACAUCGAGAGCUGCCCCCCAGGUGCCCGCGACUUCCGGGCAGAGCAGUGCGGGGAGUUCGACAGCCGCGAGUUCCAGGGCCGGAGGUUCCAGUGGCUGCCCUACUACGGGGCCCCGAACAAGUGUGAGCUGGCCUGCAUCCCCAAGGGGGAGAGCUUCUACUACAGGCACAGGGAGGCCGUGGUGGACGGGACGCCCUGCGAGCCUGGCAAACCGGACGUCUGUGUGGAUGGCGUCUGCCGGGUUGUGGGCUGUGACCACAAGCUGGAUUCGUCAAAGCAGGAGGACAAGUGUCUGCAGUGUGGGGGUGACGGCACGACCUGCUACCCGGUCACCGGUACCUUUGACGUCAGUGACCUCAGCAGAGGCUACAACCAGAUCCUCAUCGUCCCCCCGGGGGCCACCAGCAUCCGCAUCGAGGAGGUGGCUGCCAGCAGGAAUUUCCUGGCGGUGAAGAGCAUCCAGGGUGAGUACUACCUCAACGGGCACUGGACCAUCGAGCCUGCCCGCGCCCUGCCCGUCGCCAGCACCACCCUGCACUACGAGCGGGGCGCCGAGGGGGACCUGGCACCGGAGCGGCUCCAUGCCCGCGGCCCCACCUCGGAGCCCCUGGUCAUCGAGCUCAUCAGCCAGGAGUCCAGCCCCGGCGUGCGCUACGAGUACCACCUGCCCCUGAGCACCCCCCGGCCCGGCUUCAGCUGGAGCCACGGCUCCUGGAGCGACUGCAGUGCUGAGUGUGGCGGAGGUCACCAGUCCCGCCCCGUGUUCUGCACCAUCGACAAUGAGGUCUAUCCCGACCACAUGUGCCGGCACCAGCCACGGCCGGCCACCCACCGCCCCUGUAGCCCUCACUCCUGCCCACAGACCCAACGCUGGAAGACAGGGCCCUGGACGCCCUGCUCAGCCUCCUGCGGAGGUGGCUCCCAGUCCCGCUCCGUCUACUGCGUCUGGUCCGAUGGGGCCGGCGGCGAGGAGGCGAUGGAGGAGGUCCAGUGUGCAGGCCUGCCCGGCAAGCCCGCCACCACCCAGGCCUGCAACCUGCAGCGCUGCGCAGCCUGGCGGGAGGAGCCCUGGGGAGAGUGCUCCGUCAGCUGCGGUGCCGGGAUCCGGAGGAGGAGUGUCACUUGCCGGGGCGACGAGGGGUCCCUGCUGCAUGCCACGGCCUGCUCCUUUAAGGACCAGCCGCCUCUCACUGAGCCCUGUGUGCAUGACGACUGUCCCCGCCUCAGUGACCAGGCCUGGCACGUAGGCGCCUGGAGUCCAUGCUCCAAGAGCUGCAGCUCGGGCACUCGGAGACGGCAGGUGGCGUGUGCCAUUGGGCCACCCAGCCACUGCGGGAGCCUGCAGCUGUGGAAGCCGGCAGAGGUGGAGCCCUGUAACACGCAGCCCUGCCCUCUUCCUCCGGAAGCCCCCAGCAGGCAGCACGUGCACACCAGCUUCAGCCCCUGGGUGUCUGUGGGCCCUCGGGAGGCCCCCGCUUUGGAUUCCAGAGACCAGUGGUGGGCACCCCGGGAGCAGCCCUCAACUGCGGGUAACCCCAGAGGAGACCAGGGCCCCCACCUGCCAGCCCCAGGCCCAGCCUCUUCUCUGCAGCCGUCCCCAGAGCAGCAGCCCCUGUGGUCUGGCCCGGGGCCCCAGGACUGCAGGCACAGCCCCCACGGGUGCUGCCCCGACGGCCACACGGCCUCUCUGGGGCCUCAGUGGCCAGGCUGCCCCGGGGCCUCUUGUCAGCAGAGCAGGUAUGGGUGCUGCCCUGACGGGGUGUCUGUGGCUGAGGGGCCCCAUCAAGCUGGCUGCGCAAAGUCUAACGGCGACGACAGGAGGAGGUCGGGGUCCAGAGCAGCGGCCUCCACAGUGCCCCAGGCCCACCAGCCCCAGGCCCAGCAGAGUGAGCCCCCUGAGUGCCGGGGCUCCCAGUUUGGCUGUUGCUAUGACAACGUGGCCUCGGCAGGAGGCCCUUUUGGGGAAGGCUGUGUGGGCCAGCCCAGCUACGCAUACCCCGUGGGGUGCCUGCUGCCCAGCGCCCUCGGCUCCUGCACAGACUGGGCCCCCCGCUGGUACUUCAUCGCCUCUGUGGGCCGGUGUAACCGCUUCUGGUACGGCGGCUGCCACGGCAAUGCCAACAACUUUGCCUCGGAGGAGGAGUGCAUGAGCAGCUGCCGGGGGGCUCCACACGCGCCCCGCCAGCCCGAGCCCGGGGCCGCUGGCCAGAGCGCCCACAGAGCUGGUGGUGACAGCAGUCCGGGAGGCCAGCGGGAGGCCGGCCAGCACAGGCCCGGGGCCGUGCACCACCCCCAGACCUCAGGAGAACGGCCCUGGGGCCCGGAGCUGGGGUCCAGCACCCCUGUCCUGGGCGGAGAUGCUGGGCGGCCAGCACCACCCGCCCACAGCUCCUCCUCCAGGGUGAGCCUGGCCGACGCGGAGCCCUUUCUGGUGCAGGCGCCCCUGGGGCGGGUGGUGCGGCUCUUCUGCCCGGGUGUCGCCUCCACGGACCCCCCUACCAGGUGGCAGAAGGACGGGCAGCCCCUCUCCUCUGACAGACACAGGCCGCAGCCUGAUGGCUCCCUGGUCAUCAGCCCCCUGAGGGCAGAGGACGCAGGCACCUACAGCUGUGGCGCCAGGCCAGGCCGCGACUCUCCGAAGAUCCAGCUUCACAUCACAGGGGGGGACGUGACCGUGCCAAGGGACUUCCCUCAGACCAGGGACCCCGCCCCGGGCCACCGUCCUCAGGACUCCAGCCUAGGGAGGGAUGCUGGGGGCCUGGGGGCCAUCUCCUCCCCUCACCCACGGCCCUCGACCAGGCUGCGCAUGGACCAGAGCCAGCCUGGGGUGGUGGACGCCCAUCCCGGCCAGCGGAUCCGGUUGACCUGUCGCACUGAGGGCUUCCCACCCCCAACCAUCGAAUGGCAGAGAGACGGGCAGACCCUCUCUUCUCCCAGACACCAGCAGCUGCCUGAUGGCUCUCUGGUCAUCAGCCAAGUGGCUGUGGAAGAUGGUGGCUUCUACGCCUGUGUCGCCUUCAAUGGGCAGGACCGAGACCAGCGAUGGGUCCAGCUCCGAGUUCUGGGGGAGCUGACGAUCACGGGGCUGCCCUCUACGGUGACGGUGCCAGAAGGUGACACGGCCAGGCUGCUGUGUGUGGUGGCAGGAGAAAGUGUGAACAUCAGAUGGUCCCGGAACGGGCUGCCGAUACGGGCCGAUGGCCACCGUGUCCACCAGUCUCCAGAUGGUACUUUGCUGAUCCACAACCUGCGGGCCGGGGACCAGGGCUCCUACACGUGCAGCACCUACCGUGGCAGCCAGGCAGUCAGCCGCAGCACUGAGGUGAAGGUGGUCCCACCAGCACUGGCCGCCCAGCCGAGGGACCCCGGCAGGGAUUGCAUGGAUCAGCCGGAGCUGGCCAACUGUGAGCUCAUCCUGCAGGCCCAGCUCUGUGGCAAUGAGUAUUACUCCAGCUUCUGCUGUGCCAGCUGUUCCCGUGCCCAGCCUCAUGCGCAGCCAGUCUGGCAGCAGGGAUGAAGGCCGGCUCCAGCCCCAGUUCUGAAACAACUCGUAGGGCUGGGGAGAAAGGCGGGGAGACGCUCGCUCUCCCCUCUGUGGCUGCCAAGGGAGUUAUCUUCUGGAGACACUGCUCCCCACCCUACCCCACCCACCCAGUGUUUAGCCUCAGCAGAGGCCAAUCAGCAUCUCUGACAUGACGGAAAGAAACCUGUUUGGAUUAGGAUAUGCUUUACUUUACAACUUCCCUCUAUAAUUUCUGGUACACAGGAGCAGUUCACUGUGUUUUAAAAUGAGCUACCAGGGUUCUCGCUUCAUGUGAAGCUGGAUAGGGAGGUGCGUAACUAUUUUAGUUAACACCUACCUAACUCCCGCUGUGACAGGGAAGGAUGCUUUGCUAGAACUAGAUCUCAUCUGGGGUCAAACAGUGGCCUGUGCUCUAGUCCCUCUCUCAACCUUCCAGGUAGUAAGUAGCAACCAGCUUCAAGCCCAUCUGUGCAUAUGGUUAACAGCAUAACAUUGGUGAAAGCUCUCAGGAAAGUGAACUAUGAGGUAAGGCUCACCUAGGGAUUUAGUAUGAAAGGGUGGCAGUUGCAUUAUUAUCUGAGCAUGAAAGAACUGGAAAAGCUGCUUACUUUCAUUGGGAAGCUGGAGCCGGAAGCCCUAUUCCUGAGGCCAACAGGAAGGGCUGGCUGUGAGGACCGCCUUACACCAGUAUGGAGCUGAUCGACAGGCCUGCUCUGUACCGAGACCAACAAGGAGCCACUCCUUCUCGAGUAGGAAUCUGUGAAUCGAAGUGUUUGCUGCCAGAUAAAAGCCAGUCUAUUAUUAAAAACAGCAGCCUGGCCAGUGUGGCCCAGUGGUUGAGCAUCAACCCAUGAACUAGGAGGUCAGGGUUCAAGUCCCGGUCAGGGCACAUGCCCGGGUUGCAGGUUUGAUCCCCAGUAGGAGGUGUGCAGGAAGCAACCUAUCAGUGAUUCCCUCUCAUCAUUAAUGUUUCUAUCUCUGACUCCCUUUCCUUCCCUCUCUCUGAAGUAAAUUAAAAAAUAUAUAUAUUUAAAGAAACCAGCAACAGCAAGAUGGUGGUCCCAAUGGAGGGGAGGGCAAUGUAAUAAUAAGUGGCUUCAGAAAUGGUUCGAGUUGGUGGAAGUCAUUCUGCAUCUCAGGACUUCCAAUUUCUUGCUGCUAAAGAGCGAGCCCUGGAUUCAAUGUGGCUUCUUAGUCCCUUUCCACUUAACUUUUUACAAAUCCUCCAGAGGGCUGGCUGGGCCUAGUGACACAGGUUAUUCAGAGACAUAGGAAAGACAGGCGCUAAGGGAAAGGUUUUAUUCAUCAUGAUCAUGCUGGCUGAGUGAGGGAUACUUAUUAGUCUACCUAUCAUGGGCCAAGGCACAGAUCUUUUCUUUCCAUUUAAAAAUAGUGAGGACCAUUCCCUUUGAUUUACCAUGGCUGGUUUUGCUCUAGAAAUUAGAAAAUUUCUAAUUUUCUUGGACUCCCCAGUUCUUUAAUUAAACCAGUAUUUGGCCCAUUGGUAACAUAUUUCCAGAAGGUAAGUUUGAGGUUAGCUAGCUCUUCUUAGAACUAGUCACAGACUAGUGGGCUGCAGUUCAAGGUGAGAGUAAACUCAAUCUAAACCACUGGUCCUCAGCCCUCUUCCACAGUGGGAGCCUAAAAAACAGAACCAGGGGUUCCACUCUCCAGAGAUUUGAAUUUAAUUGGUCUAGAGUACUGCCCGCCAUGAGGAUUUUAAAUGCUCCCCAAGUGAUUCUGAUACAUAUCCAAGGUUGAGACUCACUGCUCCAGCCCUGCACAUCUGAUUGUGAAUCUUGCUCAAAUGCAGAUUCUGCUUACAACGUCUGGAGGAGGGUGGGGAGCCGAGAUUCUGUAUCUUUAACCAGCUCCUAGGUGAAGUCCAUGCUGUUGUCCAGACCACACUUUAGGCAGCAAGAAUAUGAUGUUAGAGAUGCAUUUAGGAUCAACCAAAGCCUAAUGAAUACAAAUAUGAACUAUAAGAAUAUACCAGAGCCCUGGCUGGUGAGAAUUGGAGUGUUGCCCGCACACCAGAGGGUUGCGCGUGUGGGAAGCAACUGAUCAAUUAAUGUUUUUCUCUCUUUCUCCUUUCCUCUCUCUGAAAAAUAAUAAAAGAAUAUAUUAGAAAAUAAAAGAUUUUCUAGCCACCAAACUAGAGAGCUGCAGCAACAGCAGAAUGGAGAGAGGGAACAAGACCUGAAAGAACUAAGUCAACUGCUAAUAAAGAAAAGGGGAAAGAACAGCCCUUUAUGGGCAAAAGCUUCUACCACGAACAUUUAUUUUUGUUAAAGCAGAUUAUAAAUUCUCAUCAAUACAAAUAUAUAUAACUUACAUUUGAUUGUAAGGCCAACGUUCAAAAGUAAAAAUGAGAUGGGAUCUCA